CCCCUGAGUUGCUACAAGCCAUUCAAGGGUCUCGCCUUUUCCUCACUCUCUUCUCAAAAAACUAUGCUUUCUCUACUUGGUGCUUGCGUGAACUAGCAGAGAUCUGUAACUGCGUUGAAACGUCGCCAAGACGUGUUAUACCUAUAUUUUAUGAUGUUGAUCCUUCAGAUGUGCGAAAACAGAGUGGGUGUUAUGAGAGAGCAUUUGCAGAACACGAAGAAAGAUUCAGAGAAGAUAAAGAAAAGAUGGAGGAAGUGCAGAGAUGGAGAGAAGCUCUCACUCAUGUGGCCAAUCUCUCUGGUUGGGAUAUAAGAAACAAGCAACAAUAUGCAGAAAUUGAACAAAUUGUUCAAAACAUAAUAAAUAUACUGCGUCCCAACUUAUUAAGUCUUCCAAAUGAUGAUCUAGUUGGGAUAGAGUCUCGGAUUGAAGAAUUAGCAAAUGUUCUAUGUUUGGAGUCAGUUGAUGAUGUUCGAGUUGUUGGCAUUAGUGGGAUGGGUGGCAUAGGAAAAACAACUCUUGCUCGCGCUUUAUAUGAAAGAUUCUCUCGUCAAUAUGAUUUUCAUGGUUUUAUUGAUGAUGGAACAAGUUUGGUGUGGAGUAGGCUACACAGUACAAAGACAUUUGUUGUUCUUGACAAUGUUGAUGAUGUUGAACAACUGAGAAUGUUUACAGGGAAUAGAUACACUUUGUUGCGUGAAUGCUUAGGUGGAGGGAGCAGAAUCAUCAUAAUUUCCAGGGAUGAGCAUGUAUUGAGGACACAUGGAGUGGAUGAUGUUUAUCAAGUCCGCCCUUUGACUGAAAAAAAUGCUGUCGAGUUGUUUUGUAGGCAUGCUUUCAAAGUUAAUUAUAUUAUGAGCGAAUAUGAAGGAUUGGCACGUGAUGUACUAUCACAUGCUGAAGGGCAUCCCUUGGCAAUUAAAGUAAUUGGGUCAUCUUUGUUUGGUCGAAACGCAUCACAAUGGAAAGGUGCAUUGGGUAGGCUCAAAGAGAAUAAAAGUAGAAAUAUUAUGGAUGUUUUGCGUAUAAGUUUUGAUCAGUUGGAUGAAGGAGACAGGAAUAUUUUUGGAUAUUGCUUGCUUCUUCUGCAGCAAGUGUAUUGUACGAGAAAAUCACCUAAGGAGCCUAUAAAGUGGAGUAGGUUGUGGGAUUUCCAAGAUCUCCACAAUGCCUUGUUAGACAAUCAGCCUCUGCACAAUUUGAAACGUUUGGUUCUCCCUUUCUCCAAAACCCUAGUUGAGAUUCCAGAUAUUGGAGAUGCUCUAAAUCUCGAAUGGCUAGAUCUUGAAGCAUGCAGACAGCUCAAAAAAAUCAAUCCAUCCGUUGGCCUUCUGAGAAAGCUUGCUGUUUUGAAUUUGAAAAACUGCAUAAACCUAGUAAGCUUACCCAAGAACCUAUUGGGCCUGACUUCUCUUGAAUAUCUGAGUGUCUCUGGGUGUUCAAAACUGUAUAAUAAUCAGUUAUUAUAUGAAGGAUGGAAUGGAGAGCAUUCGAAGAAGCUUUGUUUAGUUGAAGCUGCUUUCCAUUCCGAGACAAAAUCCUCUCUUAUAAAAAAUAUGUUUUCGUGGCCUUUGGAUUUGUUGUAUUCCAGAGCACAGAGAGAGUCAGUUAGCUGUUUAACACCUUCCUCUCCUACUCUCUGUUGUUUGCGGGAACUUAAUCUGAGUUUCAGUAACUUAGUUCAUAUCCCUGAUGCCAUUGGAAAGUUACAUUGCUUAGAAAAGCUAUAUUUAAAGGGAAACAAUUUUGUUAUGCUUCCCAGCCUCAAGGACCUUUUCAGACUCUAUAAUUUAAACUUACAGCAUUGCACGCGGUUGAAAUAUUGUCCUGAUCUCCCUUCACGAAUUGACUUGCCCUCAAAACGUUACUUUAGUGUCUUGCCAUAUUCACCUACUAUCAAUGUACUUCAUGUUGUACAACACGACGAAGUUAAUGGAGGAUUAAACAUUUUCAACUGUCCAGAUUUAGUUGAUAGGGAACGAUGCACUAGCAUGGCUGCUUCAUGGAUGAUAAACAUUGUUCAGGCGAACCACCAACACAGAUGUCUUCCAUCAAGUUUUAUGGGUCCAAAUGUUGGAAGUAUUAUCCCUGGAAGUGAAAUACCGAGGUGGUUUAACAGUGAGCAUGUGAGCACCGACAAUUCAAUAAUCAUAGAUGCAUCUCCUGUCGCGCAGGACAAUUAUUGGAUUGGAGUUGUGUGUUGUGUAAUAUUCCAGAUACGGAAAAUGACUUCUCCAACAAAAACACCACUUUCCGGUGAUAAAAUUCCUGUGGAUGGCAUACCUAAUAUUGAUGGCUUGAAAUUGAAAUUUAAAAUACGGGACAUGGAAGAUUUUAGUGAUUUCUUUGAGGAUUCAGGGGAAAUUGGAGAAAAAGUUUUUCCGGUUGAAGUGAAGAAAUACGGCAACCUCAAAAGACUAUGGGAGGACAGAAAGGUAGUUGUACCAACCCGAUCCCAAAAUCCAGAGAUGAUAUUAUCCCUAAACCCUAAAGGGGAAAUGGAGACGUCCUCCAAAUAG